UCAGAUAAAUUCUACACAAUGUAGUUGCUUCUUAAUUUUAUAUAUUAUGAUAAAUAUUGUUUUUGUAAAUUGUCAAAUUUUAACUUUAAAGUUUAUUAAAUUUUAGGUAUUUGUUAAUAAAAUAUUUAUCAUCAUGGUUACUAAAUCAGUUUCGUUUAUAGCCAAGAUAAGAAACCUACAAGAUUAUCAAUUAAGACUAAGUUAUAAUAUGAUGCCAUGUCCAUCUGGAAUAGACAUUGCAAAUUGUUUAAAAUAUUUUUCACAAGUACUUUUAACUAUUUUGAAAGAGGUGCCGAAAUCACCACAUGAAAUGAUAUUAUUUCCAGAGAUGGACUCCACUCGUUUAGCUCUAUAUCCUACUUUAGAUUACAUAGGUCUGUAUUCAGCCCUCGAGUCUUUGUUACAUUCAGCUUCUUCAAUAAAUACUGGACUUCAAGCUUUUGGCGAAGCAUUCAACCAAUGUGUGGCGUGUUUAGUUCCAUUUCUUGGUGGCGACACUUUGGAAAGUUUACCUUACAUGAUAGCCACUGCUUUUCAAGUGCUUCCAUCAUCUGUGCAUCAUGAAUUAAUCAAUACUCUCUGUUAUUUUGUAAUACCGUUCACAAUACCUCGAAAUAAGUGUGUGAAUACUGCAGCAUUUUCAGUGUCAGGAAUUCUUUUAUUAGUUUUUCAAAAUACGUUUGAUACUGCAUUGCAUUUGGAACUAGUAGAACGAUUAAUGACGUUCAAAAAUAAUGUAAAACGUGAUAUUCUAAUAGUUAUAGCUUACGGAACGUCUGUAGCAAGAUACCAUGCUGCUAGACUUUUAUUUAAUUAUUGGCCUUUAUACAAUGCAAAUAAAUUUGACAGAAAUAAACCUAAAUCAAUAGGUAACUGGCUACCACUUUUAUGCCAAAAAAAAAAUUGUCCUAAAAUGGGUUUUGGUCCUGCCGAACGAGUUUGUUUAAACCAUAAACUUUCAAUGAAACAUGCUGAAAAUUGCCCCCCACCAUUUUAUUUAUGCACUGAUUGCGCUGAUGAUUUAUUAAACAGAAAAUCUAGCUAUCAAUUUCAUAUAGUUUUACAACCAUUACUUUCAGCAUCUUGGAAAUGUGAAAAUAAAGAUUGUAAAUCACAAAAUAAUAUGAUAUGCGUCACGUGUUUCUCUCCUGAAUGUGCAUCUAUGAACGAAAACCGUCCAAUUAGAUUAUGUUCAGAUUGUUAUAAACAAAUUCACCCAGAGAAUGUAGAUCACAUUGUACAUUGGACGUUAAAAUCAGCUGGUGAACUUGAUAAUGAUAUGCAAACAUACCUUGUGGAAUCUAUUGUUAGUUUACUAAAAGAAGUUCGAGCUCCAACUUCUGAAGCAACUAAAGAAAGCCAAACAAAAGCAGCAGUUUUUGGUGCUAAGGUUAAAGGUACAAUGCCUUCUAGUAAAACAGAUAAAGAUGAUGAAAUACCAGAAGUUACUAUAAAUGAUAGACAACUGAUGGGUAGAACAGGAGUUUGGCUUUUAGUUGCUUUGUAUCGAAUUGAAAACCUUGAACCACCUAGACCCAGUAUUAUGGGAAGACUAUUAUCUAUACUUUUUCAUUGGUUUCAUGUAACAGCUUAUUCAUAUGAUGAUCAACAAGAAUGUACUUUAGAGUACAUGAAAACAGAAUACAUUGGGGAACGUUGGUUAAAAAGUGUACGAAAGUAUUAUUUUGAUGCUUUUGUCAAUUGUUUAUUACCUUGCCCACCUGAAUAUGCACAAGUUGGUGGUAAUUGGGAUUUAUUAACAAGUCAAACUUCCUUGAUAAAAAAUGGACUCAACCAACUACUUUGUCUUGUACCCUAUGAUAUAGUUACGUCAGAAAUAUGGGAAUUAAUCAUGCCUCAUUGGUUGGAAGCAAUUGUUCAAGAUGUUCCGCAUGAUGAGUUGACAGAGUUGCGAAUGCUUUUAUGCAAAAUAUUGGACUCUGAGAUGAAUCCUUUGGGAUUUGAUGCUACAAAAUUAUAUCAUUUUAUAGGUAUACGUUUUAAAGGCACAAAAGCAAAAGUCCAAGAACAAGCUUUAACUUGGAUUCAAGUAUUGACAAGUUUAGAAAUUAUUAUACCAAUACACCUUCUAUUUAAUUUUUUUAAAGAUGGAUUACAAAGUUUGAAAACUAUUUAUAAAAAUGAUAAAACUGAUGGAGAAAAUAUUUAUAUUAGCGAUUUAAAUCCUGUAAUUAUAAAAAGAACAGAGAGUGUAACAGACGACGAAGAAAAACAAUAUCCCAGUAGCCGCCCUGAACUAUUUGAAGAUGAAAUAAAGCUUAGUUGUUGUGCAUUAAUGUUAGACAUUACUUUAAAACAGUUGGAACUACACGGCAUUGAAAAACAUGCAGGAUUUUCAAGUCCAAUAAACCACGAAGUUUGCAAACUUAUAACUAAUGCUCUGGUAACUGGGUGGUUUACGGAAUUGCAUAAGGAGUGCAAUAAAAUGGAUUGUUCGUCAUGCGAGUUAAAUAUAUUGUGGCAUCAACUAGCCAAUUCUCUUAUUGAAUACAUUUCAUUAUCCAGUUUAGCGCACCCUCCUGAUGAUCCAGUUUUAGAAGAAGUUUUUUGCGACGAUUCAAAAAAAACUCCAACUGAAGUUGAUAAAAAAGAAUCCAAAUGUGAAAGUACAAAUCUAUCGUUUAUGUUAACUCCUGACACUAUUGGUGGCUUAUUAGUAAACAUGCCACAAUUAAUGACAGCUACUGUUGAGACAGUUGUUGAACAAUUAGACCUGACACCAGUGAUGCCAGCUAUUGCUAGAGCAAUCACAUUAACUGAUUCAGAUGUUGGACUAGCGACAGCAAGAAUGGCGCAAGCAAAACUUAUGAAUGAAAAUGAUGAGCCAGUUGAUGAGUUAACUCAAAAUGUACACGAUUUUUGGCAAACUGCACAUGGACGAUUUAAGAUAAAAGUUGAUGAAUUACCUGAUCAACUUCAAUUAGUUUAUCAUAUAUUGAAAGAAUUUUCGAAAACAAGCGACUCGAAUUCUAAAUACUACAUGCUGCAAUCUUUAUAUUUAUUGAUUCUUCAUUGUGACAUUUUGAAUAAAGCUGUUAAAGAACAUAGAGGUUUUGUAAUAUGGUGUCAAGAAAAUUUAAUUAUUAAAAAUAUUUGGGAAUGCUUAGAAGGAAUAAAAUCACAUUUAUGUGAGGUAGCCAUACCAGUUAUUUUACAUUGUGUUUCAUUGCCAUAUGGAAACGAUAUAUUUUGGAAACUAAUAAGAGACGAAUUUCAUAAUGAAGAUUGGAGAAUACGUUUUAACGCAGUGGAAAAAGUAAUACUCAUGGCAAAAUUUUUGGACAAUACUCCUUUACGUAAUAAUUCAACUUUACAAUCAUGUAUAACCAAUGCAUUUUGUUAUCUAAUAUCAAGUAUAGACGAUCGUAGUUCUUACGUUGCUCAAAGAGCUACAUUACUAUUACCUACUAUCCAUGAUUCUUCUUUAAAAAAUUUAAUUUACUGUAUGGAAAUGCAUUUCGAUACUGUUAUGGUGGACAGACCUAUGAUUUUACAGUCUUUAUACCAAUUACAUAAUACAUUAAAUGAUCGGAAAGUACUAUCUUGGGAUUUUUUCUUGGGGCGUUUUGACGCUUUGUUUAUAGAAGCUCAAAUACAAUUAAAAAAAAGUGGAGAUAUAACGCAUAUCAGAGAUUUAAAGAAUUCUGAUAUUACCAGUGACACUUUUAUUAAAAAAGUUCAAAGAGCACAUGAAGCUAUGAUACAUAUGUCAGAGUCAAAUUCAGUAAGAACUUUGAGUGCAAGUUUUGGCCAAAAAUGGCCGUAUAAAAGAACUAUGUCUGCACCAGCCUCUAUGGUACCCAGACAUGAUCAAAGAUAUAAAGUUGAUAAAGCUUAUAAUAGACAGUUUUCAGCACCAAUUUUAAAAAGAAAAACUUCGCAACUGAUAACACCUAUAUUGUCAAUUCUUCCUGAUCAUACGUGUGCGUCUGAUUCACAUGAAGAUAACACUGGAGAGCUUCUUAACCACAUCGUUGAUUUAGAAGAAUCUGACAAAGAAACAAGCCAUCUGAUUGUUUUUCUUCUUAUGCAGUUUAUGUCAAGACCAGAACACGCAUAUCCAGAAGAGUCAAAAUAUGGUCUAAAAAUUCAAGGCAUUGUUUUACAACAUCUAUACUUAUUAUUAGGUUACAACUACAAUGAAAAGGGAUUUCAUAUUUCUCCUGAAAAAUUGAGAGUUUUGCCCGUUUUUAAUUCGUUUUUAUCGAAUUUACCCCAAAUGCUUGACCAGAAUUUUACAAUGGGUCACGUUAUUGCCCCUACGGCUCUUUUACUCUUGCAAUACUGCCCUUCGCCAGAAACUUACUCGAUAAACACAACGUACUCACUAUGGUUUUUGGAACCAAUGGCAAGAAAAUCUUGGCUUAUGUCUUUAAUGGUAUUUUUGUAUAAGUACACGUUUGAUAAAGAACCAAUAAGUCUAUUAGUAGUAUCUUUAAUGGAAAUUAUUUUAAAUACGCUCAAUGCUCAACAGCACGUGUGUAAUAGAAUUCCGCCAACUGUUGUAAUGCCUGAUACAUCUAAAAUUAAAGUGGAAAAAAAUGGCGAUGUUUCUUUUAAUGACCCACAAAAACUUCACGAAUUUCAACCAUCAACUUCGCGGAAGUAUCCAAUAAGUAUGGAAACUCAUUGGGAAGAAGAUAUUUCAUUUACUAAAAAACUACCUCAUAAACAAGGAUCAACAGGAUCCACUGAACCAGACGAUACGGAAUCUGAUAUGGCUGUUGCAUUAGAGAAAUACAAGUCUGAUAGUACAACUGGACAUUAUAGUUCACAUGGCUCAUUUGAUGAUUCAGCAGAUGAAGCUUUUUGUCGAAAAGCUCCUCUCAGAUCAUUUUGGCCUAAUGAAAGUAAUAUUGAGAGUGAAAAAUGGGGCGUCAAAGAAGGUAUGAAAAUGUUAGCAACCUCUGCAUUUUUUAGUGUAGCUAAUCAACCUAAUUUGCUUGCGCCACCAAUUCUUCCUUCGACCUCUACUUCCUCACCAGAAAUCAACACCACAUUAAAGGUAAUUAAUGAAGAUCAUUUGAAUAAAAAAGAACAUAAUUUUUAUAAUCCUCGUGAUAUAAGCCAAACUUCAACAUCUUCAUCUUCUAUAACCUCAUAUUCUCCCGUAGUUGUCACUAUGAAGGAAACAUGUUCAGCACAAAGACCUACACAUAAUCUUUAUCAAAAUUAUUCCCAAUCUCCACUAUCAAAAAUGAAAAUACAUAAAAACUCAAUAAAUUCUACAGGCUCAACAGAUACAAGUAUCAAAACAGAUUUAGGAUUUAAAUUGGAGUUGAGUAUGGACAAAAAGCCAUUAGAGCUUCCAAUUCAAGAACGGCUAUUACCUAUUGGAACAACAAUGAAUCUUGUUCAGAAAAUUAACAAAACUUUUAGAUUGGGAGAUAUAGAUUCAACAUCACAAUCUUCAUCAAUAAAUAGAAAUGAUAGUUCUGAUAAAGAAAACAUAAAUAACUCUGAUUUGAAACUUUGCAAUAGUCCACGAAAGUUAAUAAAACAAAUAGCACUUGAUAGCCCAGAAGAAAAACCACCAAUACAUUCUGCAUCACGAAGAAUUAUAAAUAACACAAAUGAAACGCGAAAAAAUUCUACUUAUCAUCAAAAAAAUAAUUAUCAAAAUAUGGAUGCUCCAAUAAAUGAAUCUUAUUUUCCUAAAAAGUGCAUAAGUAAUAGUAUGAGUCGUGUAGGUACAGAUUGUAUACAAGAAAGAUGUAGUGAUUGUGGAACACGUAAAGAAGAAUACAGUGAUGAUGAAAUAGGUUUAUGUAUAGUAUUAUUAGGGACAUUUGUCCAUCGAGCGCCAUCCUUAUCUGCAUGUAUUCUACCUGACAUUCUCACAGUACUAGCUAAAUGCCAUUCAAGCCCUACUUUCUUAUGGCAAAAAGAAAGUCAAAAAUUUUUACCGUGCGGUUCUACUAGUAUUGCAAAAAAAUUUUUAAGAUGUAUUCUUUACCAGCUUGCACCAAAUGGGGUUUUUUCACAAAUAUUCCAAAUUAAACAUAAUGAAAUUAGUGGAAAUAGCUUUUUUAAAAGUAUAGUUCAAGCAUUAAUGGAUUUUGAUGAAAUGAACCCCAUUGAACCGUUACAAAUGGUCCUUGAAGUACUAAAUUCUAAAAAAUCGCUUUCAACAAUGAAUUGUUGUAUUAUGCUAUCGAAUAUAAAUAUUUACAUAGAUAUUUUAACUACCGACAAUACUGGAUCAACAUCGACACUAAUUUGGACGACUAUUCUCAAUCAAUUUGAUGCACUUUUUCGAAAAAUUCAAUUGACUGUUAGUAAUUUUGAAAACAUUAACUUGCUAUUUAAGCUAAUGAUAAACAUAUUAAAGAUACCAGGAAUAAUAUCAUUAAAGGGAAUUUUAGAACCUUUUUCAAAAAUAUUAACUUAUUCUUUACAACAACAUUACAUUGACUAUUAUUUGUUAGUGGAGUUAUGUUCAUUGAACUACAAAACAUUUGCUCGGGAGAGAGAAAAAACUUUAUUAACCAGAGUUGUAACUGUAGAAUUGGUGCAGUCCUUAAAGUUCAAAACACAAAACAUAAAUAACAACUUUCUUAUUUUUAUUGCUUUUGUUCUACAAGAUAUUGGCGGUAUAUUACCAGAAUGUCCUGCAUUAGAAAAUAUAGUGCCAACAUUCCCAACAACAAUAAUUAGUGCACCAACUGGGGCUUCGGAUCUUUUACGAAAUAAUUUACAAGAUAUAAUAGAUUUUUUGACAGAUGUCAACACAUUAACAAAAAUUAAGAAUCGUUUUAUAACACCAGAAGAAGGUAUUAAUGAUGAUACAUUUGGAAGCACAGUCAAGGCAGGAAUGUCUCAAUAUUUGUCAUUAGAACUUUUAAAAAGUAAUACCCGAGAUGCUAGGUCAUUACAGAAAAUUUUUCCUUGGCUUUACUAUGGACCCAAUGAAAUACAAACUAUUGAAUUAUUUAUGUAUAACUGUAAAGAUUUUUCGGAUUGUCUAAGUCACAUUCGUCUAUUGUCUUGGAUUUUAAUCGGAUCACUUUCAUUUACGGGAAUGCAAAAUCGUCCAUGUUUACCGUUAUCUCAAGAUGUUUCAUGUCAAAUAGCAGAACACAUUAAUGUAAUAAUGACUGGAUUUGCUGAAGAAUCUAAAUCGUCUGUUAUUCACAUGUCAUCGCUUUUCCACGCAUUUGUCCUUUGUCAGUUGUGGACCAUAUACAUGGAACAAACAGCUCAACAAAUGAUGUCAGCUGGAGAUCAUCAUUCAUUUACAAUGAAUAUUUUACACGAUUUUUGGAAUAAAGUUACCAAAAGCAUGCUUAAUCUUUCUUCAAAGUCCAAAACAAUGGGAGAAAUGGUGAAUCUACACUUUUUGAGUCUUUUAGAAGCAUUGUUGGAAUGCAGAACAGUGACAUUAUGUAAACUUUUACCUAUGUGGAAAGAAGUAUUGUUGACUGACAAAAAUAUAAAGUUGCCUGGUCACAUUAAACUGCGUUUAGACACAUGUACCGAAUAUUCACCCAGAGAACCUCCAACAUUGAUACCAAGAUCUAAUUUGUCUAAAUCUGAAAUUAACAUAGACAUUCUCAAGUGGUUACAAACUCUGCAAUUUAAAAUGGCGCAAAUUGAGUUACAAUCAUCACAAGUUAAUCAAUUUUAUAAUGUAUAAUAGAAUUUUAUGUAAUGAGUGUUAAAUAAUAGUUGAUUUUAAUAAAAUUUUAAGUAUAUCAACUGUGUAAUAGAAAUAAUUUAUUUUAUAUUAAAAUAAAAUUAUUGUAGAAAAAUUAUUAUUUAUAAAUAUUACUUGUUAGUGAAAUUGUAAAAUCAGUAUUUGCAAGCUAAUUGUACACAAUUUUGUUGUAAAUAUAUAA